UAACUGAACUCUCUAUAAAAAAAUCUACCCGCAGCGACCUCAAAAUCUAUUAUGCUUCAAUGGCGAUCAAGAUUCCAACUCUCCUCACUCUCUUCACCUUCCUCCUCUUCUCAACAACGACCGUAACUUCUAUCUCCACCAGCGAUCUUGACGCCCUCCUCACUCUCCUCCGCGCCAACGGCCACUCACUCUUUGCCAACGCCAUCUCCACUUCCGACCUCCUCUUCGAUCUCCUCUCUCUCCCUUCUUUAACUCUUCUUGCCCCCACUGACCCUUCCCUUUUUGCCCUCGACAUGGCCCAAACACCCUCGUUUUAUCUCUCCACUCUCCGCCUCCACGCCCUACCCCGCCGCGUCUCUUGGUCAAGCUUCCUUCACCUCCCCAACGGCUCCUCCCUCCCCACGCUCUUGCCCUCGUGUCAAUUGCGCCUUACCAGACGCGAUGGCGCCAAUGUUGUUCUGGUUGUUUCUUCAGGCGGCGGCGCCGCCGUUCAGGUUGUCAUGCCCGGGUUGUUCUAUGGUAACCAUGUUGCUGUACAUGGAUUGGCCGGGAUUCUCACUUUUCGCUUCAAGACAGCCAACUAUUCGGUUUCUCACCCGAAUCGCACCGUUUUUUAUCCUCCGGUUACAAGAUUUCCGUUUGCUCCGUUAAGAAUUCCAGAGAUUUUGCCGACUAACCACAACAAUCACCAUUCCUCUCCGGUUAACCGCACCCUUCUUUGUCCUCCGGUGCUGAUUGAUCACAGCAACGAUUCAGAUCAUGUCUCUCCAGUUAACCGCACAGUUGUUUCUCCUCUGAUGCCGACAGAAAUCAGAAACCAUACAGACCAUGUCUCUCCGGUUAACCGCACCAUUCUUUCUCCUGCUGUUAACUACUCCUCAGCCUCUCCUUCACCAAAUCCAACAGAUUCUUCUCCUGUUCCAGCACCGGCUCCUAUACCAGGUCAUGAUGCUAACGCGGCGCCGAAACUGCGGAAAAAUAGUGAUGUGGCAACGGGAUCAAGCGAAUUUGUAGUGUCCCCGGGGUUUGUCGGCACAGGCGACGAUGACGGAGGGGUAGAGAACCGGAUAGGGUGGUGA